CAGCUGUUUAGCAUACGAGAAAAUGUUCUUUUGAUGGCGGUGGUUGCGGUAAACAGAACUUCAAACUUUAGUCUUUUAUGUAAAAAAGACGCAAAGACAGCAUUUCGCAGUAAUGACAACUCUCCUGCUAGUGGACCUAUGACAAGAACAAUGACAAAUCUGAAAGAUGCUCAGUCCAGCUGGGAGUGUUUGCCACCUUAUCAUGCACCACCUAAACAGAAACAUGGAUUUCAUCCAUUGUCAUUUAACUCGACUUUUGAUGAAACAGGCCCCGCAGGAGCAGCCAGUAGUCACAAUAUGAGUGCUGCUUCUGCAGUUGAUUCAGGAUUUUUCGACCACUUGAACUUGGAUCAACUUAAUCUCAACUCUAGCUGCAGUAGUGAUAAACUCUCGGGUCUUGAUGAUCUUGUGAACAAGAUUGUAGAAGAUGAUGCUUCUUUGUUUGGUAUUGAUGGGUUUGGGUCAUCUGGUGACGGCAAAAACACAGUGGCUUCAAAUAGUUUUAAUGACAGAAAUCAUGACUUCAGUCUGAGCAGUGUGUGGUCAGCAGGCCUAGAAGACAGUGCUACAUUACGGGCAUCUGAUGUGAGAAGUCCGCUACCAUUUGCAGGCCAGUUACACAGUACACCCAACUACUGGGAGGAUAAACUGUACAACAAACACUCCAAUCAGGCUAAUAGAUCUACCUCCAAAGUUAUUGUAGCUCAGCAUGGGGAUGUAGGUAAGCAUAUGCCAUGCUUCAGCAACCAGCCCAUGUGCAUGUCAAGCAAAGACCUUGGCUUCAACUUUUUCUCACCUGUGCCAUCAACACCUUCCCGUAGGAGACUGUCAGAGAGAAGUAGCAUUUCUUCAUACACUUCUCAAUCCAGCAUGCAUUCCAGCGACACUGACUCGUAUCUCGAGUUGCAAAAUAUUGCACAAAACAUUGACCAGUCUGACAUAAAUGGUAGAAGGGAUGCUAGUGCUCAGCUGAAUAAUGUUCAGUUUGGUAAUAAGGGAAUGUUGUCUCGCAAAGAUUUUGAGGUGACCGGUACCAGUUCGGCAUUUCAGCCUUUUGUGAAUUCAAAAUGUGAUCUUGAACAGAAUUCAGACAAUUUUCAGCAGACUCAAAACUUGUUGAAUAAUGUUAAAAGUAUAGCAGAAUCACUGACGAAUUCAUCCGCAAAACGUGCGCUAACAUUCAAAGGUGAUAAGGGACUUACAGAUGAGGAUAUUUUGAAGUAUAAUUUUGACAGAGCUGAUCUAUAUUCACCAGAUACAUGUCAGGCAACUCAAAGUCCAUUUAUGAAUGGAAAAACCGGCUUUAAGCCUAUAGUGACAGCAUUCAAUAGGGAUCAGAAUGUACUGCCACUUUCUCAAGACUCAAACACCUUGUGUAACAUUAAUAACAAAAGCUCUUUCGUAAAUCAUAAAACACAACCACUAAGGAUUUUGACUCAAACUCCUAAUAGUUGUGGAAUUCCCAGUGCCCACAGCAGUAACUUUGCCUGGUCUAACCCAAGCACACCAGGUUCUAUCCCCAUGAGCUCAAGUAGCAGUUUGGCAUCAGAAAUACCAAGUUUUGAGAGAGCAUCUACUUUAAGUAAAGAGAUGAUAUCGCAAAGUUCAGCAAAACCAUUACACUUUGUGCCAUCAGUUCAUACUAAUACAGAGAAUGUUAAGUUGCAGACAGUGCUUAAACAACCUUUACCAACCACACAACCAACCACACAGUUCUAUACUGUACAGGGGAGACAAGACAUGCCGGUAAUGAAGACUGAAAAAUUGCCAACAGAUGUUUUAGGUGGCCAGGUGAUGAUGGAAACAUCGCAUCUUCUAACAAGUGUACCACAGCCACAGCUUCUUAAAUAUCCAGCGCAAAAGGUUCCAAUUAUGCUACCUCCUGGUACAGUACUACAACAGCCAUUUGUACCACCAGAAGGUUUUGAUUUGGUAGCGAUAGAUGCAUUUGGACGUAUGAUACCAGUGCAGUAUACUGACAUGGCGUAUCAAGGUGUACCACCAGGCUACAUGUAUGGUUACCCUCCAUUCUUACCUACAUUCAGACAACAGAGAAGGAGUGGUCCUGCUAAUGAGUUACACACCAAACUAGAGGAGUGCUAUGAGCAGUUUAAACAGGUUGAGACAGAGAGAAAAAAGGAGCGACAACUACGACAUUUAGAAAUAUCCUUUAUCUAUUUAGAGUCUGCUACCGAAGAAAUCCCAAUCAAAGUACUGAGAGUAUUAGAGACUCCCAUGCGGUUUAGAAAUUACAGACACCAAGUUAGAGAACUACUUUACCUCAAGGGACUGAAGCUCGCUCACCCAGUGACUAAGAAUGAUGAAUUCAACAUAAAAGUGUUAGUUGGAGCUGAUUAUUAUUGGACGAUGCAAGAUGAAGUUAUUCGUGGCAACGGACCAACAGCCAUACAAUCAAAAAUCGGAUACCUUCUGGUGGGACCCAUUAGUAAAAAUACAACAAGAAAUACCAUACAUAUUAACAUCUCCAUGAUGAAUGUUGUCACGACGCAUGUCAGAGAAAAAGUCGACCCGGAAAUAUAUGGAAGGUAG